AUACUUUUUGGUUUUUAAUGCCACAUUACGCCUAACCCUUCUUUCUGAUUAGCCUCGUUUUUAAACGCCGGUAAUUCACGUGACCUCAAACCAUAUUGGAUUUCUAACUUCUCAAACAGACAUGGCAUCGGGUGAACCGGAUUUAAAGGAGGAUCAUGAUGGAGAGCAGGAAGACCAACAGGUUGUCUCGCCUGAUAUGUUGAUCAAACAUCCACUUCAAAACAAAUGGGCAAUGUGGUUCUUUAAAAAUGAUAAAAGCAAGGAAUGGACAGCAAAUCUCAAACUUAUCACAGCAUUUGAUACAGUGGAAGAUUUUUGGGGAUUAUAUAACCACAUACAAAAAGCCAGUAGAUUACCGUCAGGAUGUGAUUAUUCAUUAUUUAAGGAUGGUAUACAACCUAUGUGGGAAGAUGCAUCUAAUAAAAAUGGUGGUAGAUGGUUAGUUAAUCUCAACAAAAAUCAACGACAAACAGAAUUAGACAACUUUUGGUUAGAAACUUUAUUGUGUUUAAUAGGAGAAGCAUUUGACGAUUUAACUGAUGAUAUAUGUGGUGCAACAAUUAAUAUCAGAAACAAGGGAGAUAAACUUGGUCUGUGGACUCGGGAUGCUAGAAGGGGCGAUGCCACAGUACUAAUAGGAAAAAAAUUAAAAGAAAGGCUUAAAAUACCUCAAAAGAUAUUCAUAGGAUUUCAGGCACAUUCAGAUACAGCCACGAAAGCAGGCUCAACAGCGCGAGAUCGUUACCGAGUAUGACAACGCUUCUGCCAAACAGAUCUUCUUGUAUACUUGUUGUUGACUGUUGAACGUGUUGCAUUUAACCGCAAAGUGCUGCAUGAUUUCCCACACAUCUCAAUUCAACCCAAUAUUGUUGAGGCUAGUUGGGUUGUUUUCUUUUCCUCGUUUUUUUUUUUAAUGUAAGAAAUGAAUGUAGAUGCAAAAGUACUUUGUACAUGAGUGAAACUAUAUGACUGGAGGAUUGGGUUUGGAUAUUGGACAGAUUUAUAUAUAUUAAAAUUCUACAUUCUUGAACUUUAGGUCAUAUUGUAUGAAACAGAUUUUUGACGAUGUCUUAUUUAGUGAAACAGACUUUUGAAGGUACAUGAUAGAUUUGGUAUUUAAAAGAAAAUUGUUGGACAUAGUUAUGACAUGUUGAUUAUAAUACAAAAUGUAUAUUUCAAAUCUUAUGAUUGUAAGCAAAGGCUGAGUACAUACCAUAUAUCUUUGAUUUAAUUGUAAAUAUUUUUAAAUACAUAAUCCAGUUUGAAAUCAGUAUUUCAUGUUGGGUUAACGGUAUCUGUUAAAGACUGUAAAUUUUUGAAUUGUAUUGCACUGCCAAGUUUUAUUUUAAUAACACAGCUACACAGUUUUGAUGAUUUUUGAAAAUUUGUUUAUUUUUUUUUUGUUGUUAGGUUAAUUCAUGGAACAGCCUGGUAACAUAUCAAUUAUUUGUGUAAUAAAGAGAAGGCAGGAUAUUGAAUGUUAAGAAAACAUUUUGUAAGGUGUCUUACUGAUAACAGUAAAAAAAAAGAUAUUGUAAAGAUAUAUAAAAAGUUAUAAAAAAUUUUCUGUCAUAAAUGAAUAUGUGAAAAAUAGGUGAAUGUGUUGUCCAAAAAUGUUGUAUAAAGAAUAGAGCUACUAUGUAUAAAGAAAUAUUAAUCUUGAAAUGUUUGAAUCAAACUGUAUAAAGGUAAGUCAUUAAAUCACAUCAUUUCAUGAUUGUAGUUUUCAUCUUUAAUACUUUAUAAAUUAAUUAUUCAAUAUAAAGAAAAUAAGCCACAUAGGCAGUAUUAAGGAUUUGUAUUUUUUUGGGGGGUAAAAUGUUCGAAGUGAAAAUUGAAAAUAGACAAUUUCAUUAAAGCAUGAACUAUUUAGAUAAUAUAACAAUCUUAUUUGAAGUUACAAUUUGUAAUGAAAAUAUAAUUAUUUUAUAUUCUGGUUUUGUUAAGAAAAUGAUUAUACAAUUGGAAAAUUCACAUUGUACAAAGUCACUGGUGUAAGGGUUAAAAAAAAUGCAUGUGUAUCAAUUAGACAACAAAAUAAGAGAGAUGUAAUGUGAAAUAGCCGGCAGACUAACAUGUUGGCAGCAAAAGUGUACCAUAACUCUUUACCAUUGUUCUGUAUAACUGGUGUGUUUUAAGAUUGGUUAAUCUCACGGUGCCUUUAGCUAGAUAAUUUCAAGUUUGGUAAUUGUUGUAUAUAUAUUUAAACAAUUGUUUUUUUUUCUCUGUUUGGUACCUGUUAUAACUAUGUGUGCUUACUGUUUUUGUAUGCCAGAUAUAAUUGAUAUUUGUGUGUAUUUUUUUCUGCAUAUUGUUGUGCAAAUAUAAUUGGUUGAUUUUAUAUAAGAUAAACAUGUUUUCAGAUGUAACAUUGCAUACAUGGCAUUUAUAAUGUAAAAAGACAACAUUAAGCAAUGGCAAAGCAAUUGUCAUCUCAUAGCUAUGUCUUAACUGACUACUAAGUGUAUCAAAUGAAUAUCUUCUCAUUAUUUCUGAUUCCUACACAAUAACAUUUAAACGUCAGAUCAGUUUUUUUUGUGUGUGUUCAAUGUUCAGAAUUACCAUUGAAACAACUUGAAAGUUUUUCAAGAGAAAAAUUCUGAUACAACUUUUACAAAAUAGAUACUUGUAUAUAAAAGCCUACUUAUCAAACAAAUAUAAUUAAUUUUUUACUUUAUCCGUUUACAAAUACUUCCAGUACUUUGCUUUGUUUUUGGUUUGAUUGAUUUAUUUGCUAAAACAGCUUUUUUUGAUUGAUUUAUAGAAACUCUUGUUUAUAGAAACUGAAUAGAUCUAGUUUAAGCCAUAUGUUUUAUGCUCUGUAUCAAUCACUAUCUAGUUUCGUUUCUUAUUUGUAAUGAUUUAAACGUAAUAUUGUAUUUUAAUGAAACAUGUUCUUUCUUAUUUUUGGAUGACCAGUUUAUUGUUAAAAUCAAUUUGAUUGAAAUGAUAUAAAUAACCAAAACAUGCAACAAUUGGUGUUUUAGGAAGGUAUAGCUAAUGAUUAAAUCUAAAAACUGUAUACUGAUUUAACCUUUACUGUGCUAUUUAUCUUAUAUGGACUUGUCUUUUUUCUAAGCUGGACAAAACCAUUCAUCAUUUUUAGGGACAAUUUCAAAAUAAGUACUGACUGAAUAGUGCGACCAGUGCUGAUCAAUAUCAGACAGUCACUUUCAGAUAAGUGCCAGGGUUAAAGGAAGUUGACAAUAAUUCAUGUGACAUUUUCCAUUAAAAUUACUACUUGUUUAUGCUUUAUUGUAUGAUAUUUUAUUAGUCUAUCACCAUUUUGCCCACAAAGAUAUUAAUUCAUCAAAUUGUAUUGAAGCAUUAAAUGCAUCCAUGUUCAUAUUUAUAUAUUCCCUGUAUGAGAAUAAGUUAACUUAGUAAGUUUGUUCCUGUUCAAGUUUACUGCCAUGAAAUUAGCUGAGUUUUUUAUUUAGACUGAAGUUAGUUCCAAGCUAAUGCUUUUCUGCGCUUUUUUGUAGAAAAGUUAAAGUUACAAGCAAUGUAUAGAGUGACAGGAAGAGAAAAAGCAAAACAUGUUGAUAAAUUAAUGAUCAGAUCCUAAAAAGUUAACUUACUAUUUGAUGAGUAUUUGAGGUUUGACAUUUAUUUGAUCUCUGACAUUAAGUCUAAUGGUCAUUUCUCUCUCACUGCUGAUUCAUAGAUGUGGGAUAAGUUGUCGUUCACUUGCAGAGACAAUGAUCAUUACUGGUUAGUUAUCCAGGAUAGCCGGUUAGGUGGACACAGAUAUCAUCUGAAAUGUAUUAAAAUUGGUAUGAAUAACAGACAAAAAUUCAAUUCAAUAAUUUAUAAAUUCAAUUAUUAAUUCAAUUUCUUUAUCAGAUAUUUAACUUAAAAAUUAUUGGUAUUUAUAUUGAUAACAUAUUAAAUACUUCUAAAGUUUACACAAAAGAUUAGUCCUGAUGGGGACUUUAAAGAUGUGAAAAAGGGAUAAAUGUAUGCUAAUAACCAUCAAAAGGUGUUCAUAUGAAACAUGUAACUUUGUGUAGGUUUGCCAAUAGAAAAUUGCAUGUUACUUAUAAGUUAAAAUGGUUGGUUUAAAGAUAUAUUUAAGAAUUUGAAAUGUUUUUGAUUUUUCUUUUUACUGGAAUGAAAAUUAUAGUUUGUGAAUGUAGGUGGAAAUGAUGAAGUUAUAUGCUAAGUAAAAUGCAAUAUUGAAUAAAAUAUGAACAUUGUGUA